GCCGGCGCAGCGUGUUUCUGUACAGGCAGUUACGUGGUAAGCCGUUCUCCCGGGUCCUUCAGCUGGAGGUGACAUUCAGUCGGCCUGCAAGACGAUAAACGUGUUAACAUGGCACAAGCUGUACAAAAACUAGUGGCUAAAGUGCCCACCAUGGCCAGCGCCGCUGUCACCUGGUCCAAACCUCGGCUAGCAACCUUCUGGCACUAUGCCCGCGUCGAGCUGGUUCCCCCAAGCCCCGCAGAGAUCCCCAAGGCCAUCGAGGGAGCCACAAAUGUUGUGAAGGCUUUCCAGUCAGGACGCCUGGGUCAACUCACAGUCAAGGAUGCUGUAAGGAAUGGACUGGUGGCCACUGAAGUGAUGAUGUGGUUCUACAUUGGAGAGUGCAUCGGCAAAGGAGGGCUUGUUGGCUAUAAUGUCUAAAUUUUUUGACUGUUGUGCUGUUCGUCUUGAGCGUUGUAUGCUCAACUUCCUGCAGAAUUCCCUGGAACCAAUAAACACAUAUUCUAUUGUUACACAA